UUGCACAAAUAUAAAAUGCUGUCUGCUAUUAAAAAGACAAAGCAAAAGAAUGUCAGCAGUAUGCUUGAAGAGCUGGAGGAUUGUCCAGUUGAAGAUGAGAAAGAGGUCAAGAACCGGUGUAUAAUGGCAUGUUUGCCUUAUGUGUUAGAUGACCAACACACCCAUCGAGAUAUGACCAAAAAGCUAUUUUGGGACAUUGUUGAUGGUAAAAGCUUGGGGGAAGUUCAAGAGAUCAUUAACAAAAGUUUGUCUCCUGGACUCCUAUCAACAGGAACAUUAAGAAACAUUCAUUCAAUAAUGUUGGUGGCUGAGGGGAUGAUUGUGGCAAAGCUGAAAACGGAAAAUAUUGUCAAGGCAGUUAUUAUUUUACUUAGUUCUUUUUAUACUUUUAAUGCUGAGUAUCCUAAAGGCGUUAAUGGACAUUGCAAAAAUGUAUUUAUUCUUUUAGAACAUUUGCUUUUAAAUUCAAAAUGCAAUUGUAAGGCUCAAUUGCCAACUUUUGUCGAUCAUUUUAUUUCUUCUAUGAAGUAGAAAACUUUUGUAGUGUUAAUUAAUGGCAUGUAGUAGAGAUUUUAAGUAUUCUGUGUUUGCAAAAAAUGUGCUAUUUAUAA